CAACAAAAGACAAACAUCUCUAAAUCACACCGUCAUCAUGCUACCGCUAGGGUUAUUAACAGCGGCGCAAGGCCACCCUAUGCUGGUUGAGCUCAAAAAUGGAGAGACUCUCAACGGACAUCUCGUCAACUGCGAUACCUGGAUGAACCUUACCCUGAAAGAGGUUGUUCAGACGAGCCCUGAGGGAGACAAGUUCUUCAGACUGCCCGAAGCCUACGUGCGAGGCAACAACAUUAAAUAUCUUCGCAUCCCUGACGAAAUCCUUGAUGUGGUAAAGGAGCAACAAGCCCAGCAAGCGAGUCGAGGCGGCCGCGGAGGAGGCCAGCAGCGCGGCGAUCACGCCGGCCGGGGAGACAGAGGAAGAGGGCGUGGAGGCUCGAGAGGAGGCAGAGGCAGAGGACGAGGCGCCCCUGCUUAAUCUGAGUGGAUUGUCUGGGAUUUCAAGGCGUUCGGUUCGCCCUUGGUGGUUGGAUGCGCACUGAGCAUGACUAUUCACUAUUUUGCAUGGAAAAAGAAAAGAAAAAAGACUUUAAUGACUCGAGACCGAGAAUUUUUCGCUGGCUAUGCAUCUCGGGAUAAAUCCGACUCAACAAUUUUGAUUACAAUUACGUCUAUGUAUAUAUAAGAAGAUACCAUAUGACAUCAUUUCAUAGCCCUGGUUUCUGGCCUAGAGGCUGUCGACACGACCGAUUAGGGCAUCAAGCUCCUCUUUGCUCAAUGUGCUUCUCCUGCGUCCGCUUCUUACGCCGCUUCGCCUUGUGAUACUCUUCCGUCUACGUCCUGACUU